AUGUUCGCUCGAUCUAAAGAAGGCUGCUCUUGGGACUUCCAGUACAACACCAUCACGACAGGCCUGCCCUCUGCUGCCGUCAAACCUGAUACUAAGAGCGCAGCCCAAUCCUACGACGUCAUCAUCGUCGGUGCUGGCUUCGCAGGCUUGGUGGCCGCUCGAGAUCUAUCGCUUCGAGGCCUCCGUGUUCUCCUUCUAGAGGCUCGUGAUCGCAUUGGUGGCCGCACAUGGUCUGCCAAGGGGCAGAACGAUGAUUAUGAGAUGGGCGGCGGCUGGGUCCACCACCUUCAACCUCAUGUCUGGGCCGAGAUGAGCCGAUACGGUUUGACCGCAACGAAAAGAAGCUCUAGUAUAGAUCCGGAUAGCCCGUUCCUGAUCGACGGUGUCGUUCAGGACAACGUCGCUGCGGAUGAUGCCUUUCUCCAUCUCGCAGCCGCCUUCUUCGACGUCGACGGCCUGGGCGGAAGAAUUGUCAUGCCCCAGCCAACCCAGCCAUUUCUCAACCGUGAAGCUAUCAAGAAGUGGGAUAUCAGUGUCGAAGACCGCAUCAAUCAAAUGGAUGUGUCGAGUGACGAGAAGAAGCUUUUACGAAUGUGGAUGGCAAUCUCAGCCCUGACCGACGUAUCCAAGAUCGGCUUUCUCAGCCUUCUGAGGCUCUAUGCUCUUUCUGGGUACAACUUCCAGCAGUAUCUUGAGAUCAAUGGUUCCUUCAAAAUUCCGGGCGGCACCACAGCACUGGCGGAUAUGAUUUUUGCCGAGUUCGAUGGCACGUCUUUGUUCAACCGGGAAAUCACGUCCAUCAGCUCCGACGCGACCGGAGUAGCGAUCGAGGUCAAGGGCGGGCAGAAGUUCACCGCGAGCCAAGCCAUCUGCACCAUUCCCAUCCAUUGCCUCGCCGAUGUCGAAUUCUCGCCUCCCUUGCCUCCGGCAUUUACCUCCAUCGCCCAUCACAACCUUGGCGGUAAGCUUCACGCGCACUCUCCGAAUGGCUCGUCGAAGUUCUUCGGCGUCACUGGCGCUUGCAAAGCGGCUUGUUUUGGCUUCACCGAGUCUACUUCCAAAACUGGAGGCGUCAACAUGGUUUUCUUCAAAAGCAGUCGCCCUGAACUGGCUGGUCGGUCGCCAUCCGAGAUCCUAGAUGAGGUUCUCCACGACUUGAAGCCUGAGUCGGUUGACCUGGGUAAUAUAAACGAAUAUCUCUGGCAUGACUGGCGAAAUGACCCAUUCGCCAAGGGAGCUUGGCCAGUCUAUCCUGCCGGGGCUCUCUCGGGAGGUCUUGGCCAUCUUAUGGAGAAUAAGAGGGUUACUAGUACGCUUACUCUUGCUGGUUCGGACUGGGCAGAUGGCUGGGUGGGAUACAUAGAUGGUGCUAUCGAGCAGGGGUGUCGCGCUGCCUUUGCUACGAGUCAAGAUUUACUUGCUACGCUUAUCAAGCCGGCUAAGUCUAAUUAG